CCCCGCUUUGUUUUAUAAUAAACCACCUGGCCCUCCUCUUGUUCCCUCGAAGCUCCUCUUCUUGUUCUGUCACUUCUACAUUUUCCCGCUCCUCCUUAACCCGCACCCCCCAUCCUAUCCAAGCAACUCCCCAGAUACCCCGUCCUCACAUACCGACCGCCCCAACACACACCCACAGAAGCUACAGGAUGGCGAACCUAUUCACGGAGCUCAAGACUCCUGCCACCGGCGCCUUCAAGCAGCCGCUUGGUCUCUUCAUCAACAACGAGUGGGUUGAGGGCUCCGACAAGAAGACGUUCGAGGUCAUAAACCCCACCACCGAGGAGGUCAUCUGCUCCGUCCACGAGGCCACCGAGAAGGACGUCGACCUGGCCGUCAAGGCCGCGCGCAAAGCCUUCGAGGGCGAGUGGAAGCAAACCACCCCGCAGCAGCGCGGCAUCCUGCUGAACAAGCUCGCCGACCUCGUCGAAAAGAACCUGGACCUGCUCGCCGCCGUCGAGUCGCUCGACAAUGGCAAGGCCUUCGCCAUGGCCAAGGGUGACGUCGGCGCUGUCGUCGGCUGCCUGAGGUACUACGGCGGCUGGGCCGACAAGAUCGAGGGCAAGACCAUCGACAUUGCCCCCGACAUGUUCCACUACACCAGGCAAGAGCCUAUCGGAGUCUGCGGCCAGAUCAUCCCAUGGAACUUCCCCCUCCUCAUGUUUGCCUGGAAGAUCGGCCCUGCCCUGGCCACGGGCAACACGGUUGUCCUCAAGACCGCUGAACAGACCCCCCUCUCGGGCCUGGUCAUGGCGCAGUUCGUCAAGGAGGCCGGCUUCCCCGCCGGUGUGCUCAACGUGGUCUCGGGCUUCGGCAAGAUCGCCGGCGCCGCCAUCUCGGCGCACAUGGACGUCGACAAGGUGGCCUUCACGGGCUCGACCGUGGUCGGACGCACCAUUAUGAAGGCGGCGGCGUCGUCCAACCUCAAAAAGGUCACGCUCGAGCUCGGCGGCAAGUCCCCCAACAUCGUCUUCAACGACGCCGACAUCGAGCAGGCCGUCAGCUGGGUCAACUUUGGCAUCUACUUCAACCACGGCCAGUGCUGCUGCGCCGGCUCGCGCGUCUAUGUGCAGGAGGACAUCUACGACAAGUUCGUGGCCGCCUUCAAGGCGCGGGCGGAGAAGAACGCCGUCGGCGACCCCUUCAAGGACGACACCUUCCAGGGCCCCCAGGUCAGCCAGCUGCAGUACGACCGCAUCAUGGAGUACAUCAAGGCCGGCAAGGACGAGGGCGCCACGGUCGAGACGGGCGGCGGCCGCCACGGCGACAAGGGCUACUUCAUCCAGCCCACCAUCUUCACAAACGUGCGCAACGACAUGAAGAUCAUGCAGGAGGAGAUCUUCGGCCCCGUCUGCGCCAUCGCAAAGUUCAAGACGGAGGAGGACGUGAUCCACAUGGGCAACGACUCCAGCUACGGCCUUGCCGCCGCCGUGCACACCAAGGACCUCAACACGGCCAUCCGCGUCAGCAACUCGCUCAAGGCGGGCACCGUCUGGGUCAACUGCUACAACAUGCUGCACCACCAGCUGCCCUUUGGUGGCUUCAAGGAGUCUGGUAUCGGCCGCGAGCUCGGCGAGGCUGCGCUGGCCAACUACACGCAAACCAAGUCGGUCGCCAUCCGUCUCGGCGGCGCUCUGUUCUAAGCGGUGUCGCCCAGGGCGACGGGGGCGGUGGAGGAAAAAAAUGGCCGUUUUCACACGGCUGCCCGAGAGAGAAGGGGCAUGGGUUUUGCGUCUGGCCGGGGAUACCAUGAACCAGAUUGACGGGAAACCGUUCAAGAUAUAUGAUGAUGGGGGAAGGACGCUAGGUUGGCUGCAUUGAUUCCCAAUCUGUACAUUACAUCUCUUUCCGCGGCUCUGGAAUUAACAGACGCGUGGGCAUGAAUGAAAACUGAGUGCUCAAAUACUUUCGUUCGUAAAGACUCUUGGGUUUGUCGCCUGA